AUGAAGGCGGUUAAAGAGCCCCACUGCUCCACCACAUACUGCCCCCUCACUCAGGUCCAAGCCCCUCUGCUCCACCACAUACUGCCCCCUCACUCAGGUCCAAGCCCCUCUGCUCCACCACAUACUGCCCCCUCACUCAGGUCCAAGCCCCUCUGCUCCACCACAUACUGCCCCCCCACUCAGGUCCAAACCCCUCUGCUCCACCACAUACUGCCCCCUCACUCAAGUCCAAGCCCCACUGCUCCACCACAUACUGCCCCCUCACUCAGGUCCAAACCCCUCUGCUCCACCACAUACUGCCCCCUCACUCAGGUCCAAACCCCUCUGCUCCACCACAUACUGCCCCCUCACUCAGAUCCAAACCCCUCUGCUCCACCACAUACUGCCCCCUCACUCAGGUCCAAGCCCCUCUGCUCCACCACAUACUGCCCCCUCACUCAAGUCCAAGCCCCACUGCUCCACCACAUACUGCCCCCAUCACUCAGGUCCAAACCCCUCUGCUCCACCACAUACUGCCCCCUCACUCAGGUCCAAGCCCCACUGCUCCACCACAUACUGCCCCCUCACUCAGUUCCAAAUCCCUCUGCUCCACCACAUACUGCCCCCUCACUCAGGUCCAAGCCCCACUGCUCCACCACAUACUGCCCCCUCACUCAGGUCCAAACCCCUCUGCUCCACCACAUACUGCCCCCUCACUCAGGUCCAAGCCCCUCUGCUCCACCACAUACUGCCCCCUCACUCAGGUCCAAACCCCUCUGCUCCACCACAUACUGCCCCCUCACUCAGGUCCAAACCCCUCUGCUCCACCACAUACUGCCCCCUCACUCAGGUCCAAACCCCUCUGCUCCACCACAUACUGCCCCCUCACUCAGUUCCAAGCCCCUCUGCUCCACCACAUACUGCCCCCUCACUCAGGUCCAAACCCCUCUGCUCCACCACAUACUGCCCCCUCACUCAGCCGCAGCGCCGGUCAUUAUUGGCGGGACACGCCGAGGUCAGCUGUCCGACGGCGAGAGCACAGCUUGUUACGGCGCUGUUUCUGGGACACGGUUUGGCCCAAAAGGACUCUUCAGCCGGCGCCGUAAUGACCAGGACCGGGCAGAUUGCGGACGCCGCUCGUUAGCGCAGCCUGGGGACCGGUAA